AUGGACCUGAAAGACCCCGAGCAGGAAGCAGCUUUAGUGGAGGAGCUGAAGAAGACUGGACCCCCAGCUGCUCCUGCUGAUCUCUGCUAUGCUGGAGCUGAAGAUGUGGCCUGUGAUGUCUGCACUGGGAGGAAGCUGAGAGCCUGUAAGUCCUGCCUCGUGUGUCUUAUAUCUUACUGUGAGAAACACCUCCAGCCUCAUUAUGACGUAGCUCAAUUAAAGAAACACAAGCUGGUGGAGCCCUCCAAGAAGCUCCAGGAGAACAUCUGCUCUCGUCACAACAAAGCGAGGAAGCUGUUCUGCCGCACUGAUCAGCAGAGUAUCUGUUAUCUCUGCUCUGUGGACGAACACAAAGGCCACGACACGGUGUCAGCUGCAGCAGAGAGGACUGAGAGGCAGAGAGAGCUGGAGGGGAGUCGACUAAACAUCCAGCAGAGGAUCCAGGACGGAGAGAAGGAGGUGAAGCUGCUUCAGCACGAGGUGGAGGCCAUCAACGGCUCUGCUGAUAAAGCAGUGGAGGACAGUGAGAAGACGUUCACUGAGCUGAUCCGUCUCAUGGAGAAGAGAAGCUCUGAUGUGAAGCAGCAGGUCAGAUCCCAGCAGGAGAGAGAAGUGAGUCGAGUCAGAGAGCUCCAGGAGAAGCUGGAGCAGGAGAUCUCUGAGCUGAAGAGGAGAGACGCUGAGCUGAAGCUGCUGUCUCACACAGAGGAUCACAACCAGUUUCUGCUCAGCUACCCCUCACUGCCAGCCCUCAGUGAACCUACACACUCCUCCAGCAUCUACAUCCGUCCUCUGAGCUACUUUGAGGACGUGACGGCGGCCCUGUCAGCACUCAGAGACAAACUACAGGACGUCCUGAGAGAGGAAUGGACAAACGUCUCAUCGACUGAAGUGGAUGUUUUACUGUCAGCAGCAGAGCCCACCACCAGAGCUGGGUUCUUAAAAUAUUCACAGGAAGUCACUCUGGAUCCAAACACAGCAGAGACACAUCUGUUAUUAUCUGAGGGGAGCAGAAAAGCAACAUUCAUGAAACAACCACAGUCUUAUUCCAGUCACCCAGACAGAUUCACUGAUUAUAAGCAGGUCCUGAGUAGAGAGAGUCUGACUGGACGUUGUUACUGGGAGGUGGAGUGGAGAGGGGGGAGAGUUUAUGUAGCAGUCACAUACAAGAAUAUCAGCAGAGCAGGGGAUGAAUGUCGAUUUGGACUCAAUGACAAAUCUUGGUCCUUAGAUUGUAACCAAAACAGUUAUUCAUUUCGUUACAACAGUAAAUGCACCAACGUCUCAGGUCCUCAGUCCUCCAGAGUAGGAGUGUACCUGGAUCACAGAGCAGGUAUUCUAUCCUUCUACAGCAGCGUCUCUAACACCACGACUCUCCUCCACAGAAUGCAGACCACAUUCACUCAGCCGCUACAUGCUGGAGUUUGGCUUUGUUGUGUAGGAACCACUGCUGAGUUGUGUAAACUGAAAUAG